AUUUAGAAUAUUUGCAAGCUAGAUUCCCACUCUCUUUUUCUCCUUCUUUCAAUUUUCACCUUUUCCUUCCUUAGAAAUAUAUAUAGCAAAAGAAUACUUUAUUGGAGUAGGAUAGUAGUAGGAGAGACAACAUCGUCAGACCAAAAAUAAAUCAUCAUCAUUCCUUCAUCCCUUCCCGAGCUAGCAGCUCUCAAAUAUACAACCAAGAAAAUAUAAGAAAAUAAAUACACUUUCAUUGAGAUUUGAGCCAAAACAGAGAAGAAGAAGGAGUAGAAGAAGAAGAAGAGGGAAAGAAAAAAGAUCUCCUCCAGCGGAUCAGUCCCCGCUUUAAAAGCAUUGGCGGCGACUGAUUUCAUCUCUCUUCCUCCUUUAAUUCUCUCUCUCUCUCUCUCUCUCUCUCUCUCUCUCUCUCUCUCUCUCUCUCUUUCUAUAUUUAUUGACUCUCUCAAAGACAAAAGCACUUCUUCCUAUUCUCUCUCUCUUACGCCAUUUUUGGUUUAUGCUUUUUAUUUCCUGUGUGUGUGAUUAUGAUGAUGGGAUUAUCUUUCUGAGGCUUUUCUUAUUUUCUUGGAAAGUUGAAAUUGAAAAAAAGAAAAGAAAAAAGUUUGAAACUUUAUAAAUGGUGUUCUGUGUUCUCUGUUCGAGUCAAUAAAUGCUGUUAGUAAAUUGGUUAGUUGAGAUGGGAGAAAAAGAUCCCGUUGUCCGAGGGAGUUUGGUUUCUUGCAAAAGGAUAGUGAGGCAAAACAUGGGUUUGGUUUCUCUUGUCUCCUUUCUUACAUCCCUUUUCCAUUAAUGGUCUUUCCUUCUUCCAACAUCAAUCACCACCUCAACUUUAUCAAACAAUCUCUUCUUUUUACCCUUUUGCUUCUCCUUCUUCUCUGGUUCUGGUUUUUGUUUGAUCGAUUCGAAAAAGAGAGAGUAAAGCUGCUUCAGAGUCAAACAAAGGUGUGUUCUUUUUUUUUUGGUAUAGAAGACGAAGAAGUAAGAUGAAGUUCAUGAAGCUUGGCUCUAAGCCUGAUACAUUUCAAUCUGAUGGCAAAUUCGUCAAGUACGCUGUUUCGGAUCUAGACAGUGAUGUUACUGUACAUGUUGGCGAGGUCACAUUUCACCUCCAUAAGUUCCCGCUGCUAUCAAAGAGCAAUCGAAUGCAGCGACUGGUUUUUGAGGCGAGUGAAGAAGAAACUAAUGAGAUCACUAUACUAGACAUGCCAGGAGGACACAAAGCCUUUGAGAUCUGUGCUAAGUUUUGCUAUGGGAUGACGGUUACCCUCAAUGCUUACAACAUAACCGCUGUGCGAUGUGCAGCUGAGUAUCUUGAAAUGACUGAAGAUGCUGAUCGCGGUAAUCUCAUAUACAAGAUCGAAGUUUUCCUCAACUCUGGCAUAUUCAGAAGCUGGAAAGACUCAAUCAUUGUGCUUCAGACAACAAGAUCUCUUCUUCCUUGGUCUGAAGAUCUGAAGCUUGUUGGUAGAUGCAUUGAUUCUGUUUCAGCUAAGAUAUUGGUGAAUCCUGAGACGAUCACUUGGUCUUAUACACACAACAGGAAGUUAUCUGGACCUGAUAAGAUAGUUGAGUAUCAUCGGGAGGAGAAUGUGAUUCCAAAAGAUUGGUGGGUCGAAGAUGUAUGUGAGCUCGAGUUUGAUAUGUUCAAGCGGGUGAUGAGCGUUGUGAAAUCGAGUGGAAGGAUGAACAAUGGUGUAAUAGCUGAAGCACUUAGAUACUAUGUAGCAAGGUGGUUACCAGAAUCUAUGGAGUCUUUGACAGGAGAAGCAGCUUCUUCAAACAAACAUCUCGUUGAGACUAUUGUUUUCUUGUUGCCAAGAGUAAACAGAGCGAUGAGCUACUCUUCUUGCAGCUUCUUGCUAAAACUCCUUAAAGUUUCCAUCUUAGUUGGAGCUGAUGAGAUGGUGCAAGAAGACUUGGUUGAUAACGUGAGCUUGAAGCUGCAUGAGGCCUCGGUUAAGGAUUUGCUGAUUCAUGAAGUCGGAUUAGUUCAUCGGAUUGUUGAUCAGUUCAUGGCUGAUGAGAAACGUGUAUCUGAAGAUGAUCGGUACAAGGAGUUUGUUUUAGGAAAUGGGAUUUUGUUGAGCGUUGGAAGAUUGAUUGACGCUUAUCUCACACAUUGUUCUGAUCUUACGCUAUCUAGCUUCAUUGAGUUAUCUGAACUAAUCCCGGAAUCAGCUAGGCCGAUUCACGAUGGUCUCUACAAAGCCAUUGACACUUUCAUGAAGGAACACACAGAACUAACGAAAUCCGAAAAGAAGAGACUUUGCGGAUUAAUGGACGUGAGGAAACUGACGGGAGAAGCAUCGACUCACGCUGCACAGAACGAGCGACUUCCGUUGCGUGUGGUGGUGCAAGUUCUUUACUUUGAGCAGCUCCGAGUAAAUCACAGCCCCGUUGCGUCUGUUGCAGCUUCGUCACACUCGCCGGUUGAGAAGAUUGAAGAGAACAAAGGUGAAGAAGCGACGAAGAAGGUGGAGUUGAGCAAGAAAAGCAGAGGAAGCAAGAGCACGAGGAGUGGUGGUGGGGCACAACUGAUGCCUUCUAGGUCAAGGAGGAUCUUUGAGAAGAUAUGGCCGGGGAAACUAGAGAGUAGCAACAAGAGCUCUGAGGUUUCGUCUGGAAGCUCACAAAGUCCACCAGCUAAGUCGUCAAGCUCUUCUUCCCGGCGCCGGAGACAUUCGAUAUCUUGAAUCAGUGGGGAGAACCAAAAUUUGUAAAGAGAAGCUAUUAUUAUGGUCGUAUAACUUGUUGUUAUAAGUGGUCUUAGGAUUUGUGGUAGUUAAAUUAAAUUAAAACUGAUGAUGUUUUUGUGUUCUGUGUUUCUUUUAGUCGUAAAGAUUUGUUAACAGUUUCGUUUAA